CUUUUCAGUGCUCCCCGGCUUUCUGUCUGCCUUUGGGGGCUUCUCUCCUUUUCCGACCAUUUUACAGUGAACUUACUGGACUCCAGAAAAUAGCCGGCAGAAAGUCAGAAUAAGGACUGCUUGACAAAAACUGUCUGUGUUAUGUCACUUGGAUAGAAAUGGAUUUAUAUUUACCAAACCUGGACGGACUGUUUAGCAGCAGUUGAAUGAAAAGCCAACUUGUAAAACGUCUCUGGAUCACUCAUCUUGAAGCAAAAACUGGAUCUGUAACAUAACAGAUGGAUUAUCACUUGUUUUUGGGUUUUGUUUUUUUUUUAUAAUUGAGUAUACAGCUACUGGAUAUAUAGCACCGUGUCAUCGCUGGAGAAUUUACGACAUCACCAGUCACUCUCCGUUUUCUGGGGUCGAAAGCAUCUCUAUGGGAUAGCUUCAGAUGUCCAUUAUGCCAGUGGCUAUACGGAAAAGAAGUUGGGAAGAGCAUGUUACUCACCCUUCAGGAUUACAGUACAGCUAUGAUGAUCUUGAUCUGGUCUGCUGUCAUGGAGUUGACAGCGAGGGACCUUGGGUGGGCUCUGGUGCUUCAAAACAAGGACGACGGACAAGAUGCGCCUCCAUGCCAGAGGGGUCCCAUCAAAUGCCUGCAGAUGACAACAAUCAAAUGCUGGAGAUGAUGGCUACCGUUGUACAUGAUGAUAUUAAAUCAGGACAUUUAAAGCUAGUUGAAACUAAUGUUGCACAGGAUUUUCAGGAGGAUUCACCUCAUGAUUUACAUGUCUUAGCAGAUACUGACAUUUCCAAAAGGGCUGCAGAGUCAAACUGUCUCCAAAAUGCAAGCAUCAAGCAGUCUGGAGAGUUUCUCUGUGACUCAAACAGUAGGAUGCCAAGUGCAAAUAUUUGUUAUGGAACUGAUAGCAUAAGUCAUAGGGAGAAAACUGUCAUUGGAGAGGAUGGUACAGAGAGUAGAAAGAGUCAUGACUUCUCUAAUGACGAAACUGUUUUAAAAUGUCCAUAUAGCUCUCGUGAAGAGCAACAAUGCAUCUCUAUCUCUUUAAACAAUGGGCCUUCACUGCUUGAAUCUGCUGGUGAGCAGUCUGGCAACCCUCCAAAUCAACAGGAAACAAAGGAGAGCCAUACAGAGGGUUACAACAGACCUCCUGAAAUCUCUGAGGCUACACUAAAACCAACCUCUGUUGCCGAACUAGAACCUCAAACUGACCUCCCAGAUGUUGACGAGGAGCAUAUUUCCACUUCUCACCAUGCUGGUGCAACCCUAUCUGCUGCUGGGCUGCACAGUUCCGUUAAUUUGAUGGAGAGCGGUGAGGUUACAUCACAUACUGAAAAAACUCUGGAACCAUUUGUGACUUUAGUGUUCGAUGAAAAAUGUGACAAAGCGGAAACUGAAACCUGCAGGACAGAUUCUGCUGACAAGCGAGAUGGAUUGAAUGACCCAGAAAGGCUGAUUGAAAAUACAGGACUUGAACAUUGUGCAAGAGACAUUCAAGAAGGGGAGCACGAUGACCAUGACCACAACAGGGCAAUGGAUCAGGUUUACGGUUGUGAAGUUUCCGAGCAGAUAUCAGUGGAACAGCAUAACGUUGACAUGACAGCAAUGGAUACGGUAGAGGAGGCAAAAAGUGAAGGAGCAGUGAGCAAGACAGGAACAGAAGUCAUAUCUGAGCCGAAGGCCGAUUCUGAUAUUUGUGUGAGAGGCGAGAGUUCCUCUUUGACAGUUAAUAAUAAUGCAUCUUCUGAAAAGCUGCUUUUUGGAGAUUCAAAAGGAGACCCCACACAAACAAUCACUACUCAGUGUGCAGACCAGAACUUAGUGACAAAUUCUUUACAUCAGCCAGUGGAGAACACUGCUGACUGCCUGGUAUCGACAGAGGUGCCUGGCUGUGAGGAACAAACCAUACCUCAUCAUUUGGAGAAUAGCUGCUCCACGUUGGACCCUAUCCCAGAGGUGAGCCUUGUUGAACCAGAUGAUGCAGCUGUACUGACCCCUCAAAAGAACAUUGGCGUAAAUCUCAACCCAAAUUCAACAAGUCAGGACUCCUCAGCUGGUGAUGUACAUGAAGUGCCUGAAAAAUACUCCCACAACCAUCUACUGGGCUCUGUAAAGGUCAAUGAUGAGGUUUCACCAGAAGGACUCCAUGGCAACCAAGCCUCUGGUCAUCAUGGCAGUGACUCACCUGCCUCUGAGGUGGCAGAUGGUCAAAGGGAACACUACAGUCCUGAAGCCACAUUCUCUAGAAUGGAGGAGACAGAUGAGGCUGCACAAACAGUUAUUAACAAUGACGCACACCUCACCAGUCCAUUUUUACAUGAGAUGAGAGAGCCUGGAAAUCACAAAGAUGACAACAUGGUCAAAGUACGCAUGAGAAAGCGGGAGCAUGGCCGUCUCGACUCAAUGGUGUUGCUACUCAUGAAGCUGGACCAGUUGGACCAAGAAAUUGAGAAUGCCCUCAGUGCCUCUUCCUCAAUGGGCAGCACCCCCACCCUCCACCGACGUCAACUCCUGGACACUGAUGUAGGAUCUGGAUCUGUGUCAACAACACUCCAAAACUCUCCACAGCCAUAUGACAUUCCUGCUGCCGCCACCUUUGACCCCUCGCCAGCUCUUGGAGCAAAACCUAAAAAUGGGAGCAACUCUGCCAUAUCUGAGAGAGAAAAUGCUGAAUCCAGCACUCUGGUAGGGUGGGUACGAUAGAAGCCGGCGAAGUUUUGGGGGACUUGAUGAAGCACAAAGGCCAGUGUUCAUUGUGACACUUCAAAGCGCUCUCUGUAUCUC